AUGCCGGGGGAGGCGGCCCGCGCGGAAUUGCUGCUGCCGGAGUCUGGCAGCUCCGGCCCUCGCACAGAUUUGUCCUGUGAUGCUGCUACUGCUAUCAUCCCAAGUGGGGACCGGCUGGAGCACUGUGCCCUACUGCCAGGCCCCAGGUCCCUGGCUGUCACAUUCCUGCCCAGCAAGCCAGGCACCCGACCCCAGCCUGAGGGAGCCAGCUGGGAUGCAGGGCCUGGCCAGGCCCCAUCAGCCUGGGUGCUCCCAGCUGAGGGCAACUCUAGCCUAGUGUCUCCUGAGGGCCGGCCUGUAGAGGUUCCCCACUCAGCCACUUUGGAACCACGGAUUGUGAUGGGCCAGGAGACCUACAGGGUCUCCCUACUGCCCAGAGCAGCCCCUGCAGAGCUCAGGAACUGGGCAGGUGGGCACACUGACCUGAACCCACCCCCUGAGUUAUAUUCUCAGGGUGACCCUCCUGUGCCUUUCCCUCACUCAGACCCUGAUUCCUACUUCACACCCCCCUCAACCCCUCUGCAGGCCACCUGUGCCCUGCCUCCAAGCUUCAGGCCCUUCAGAGAGGCCUGUGAUUCUGAGGCAGAGCUGCUUGACUCACCACCCACUUCACCCUCAGGCUCCUACAUCACAGCAGAUGGGGACAGCUGGGCUUCCUCCCCAUCCUGUUCUCUCAAUCUGUUGGCUCCAGUGGAAGGGCUGGACCUCCCUUCAGGUUGGGGCUUCUCUCCCCCAGGCACUGUGGGUGGGGAGCGGGAGCCUCAUGCUGCUGGGCCUCCAGGCUCCCACUCUUCUGCAUCCAGCCUCUCCCCUGACAGCAGCUCUUCCUGGGGCCAGGAGGAACACCUCUUUGACCUGGACUUUCUAGCAAAUGACGUGAUGAUCCCUGCAACCCUCCUGCCUUUCCAGGGCAGCCUCAUCUUCCAGGUGGAUUCAGUGGAGGUCAUGGUGCUGCCCCACCCAGAGGAGGAAGAGAAGGAGGAGGUGGCAGAAGCCAAGACUCCUGGCCCAGGUGGAGACCUGGGUGAGGAGGGUGAGGACGACAGCACUUCUGUUUCCUUCUUACAGUCACUGUCAGACAUCUCCAUCAUUGAAGGUGUAGAUGAAGCCUUUGCUUUCCGAGAUGAUACCUCGGCAGCCUCCUCUGACUCGGACUCAGUCUCCUAUGCUGGUGCAGAUGAUGAGAGGCUGUACAGUGGGGAGCCACAUGCCCAGACCAGUGCCCUACUUCAGGUUGAGGAGAGGCAAGAGGACUGGGUUCCAUCCUCAAGCCAAGAGGGGCCCACACUCCUUGUACCAAAACAAGUUGCUGAAAUAACACUGGCCCAGGUGCCACGUGCUGUGGCCCAGCAUGAAGUAGGUGUAGCCCUAGGACUGAUGCCUGCUUCUGAGCUAGUGGCUGUGGCAAAGCCACUGGCCAUGGAGCCAGAAGCAGAAGCUGUAGCCUUGGACCAGGCCCAACAAGAUAAAGUAGGCCCCACCUUAGACCUGGAGCUGGUGGCAGAAGCUGUGACCCCCUGGGCCUCAGGGAAAGAUGCAGAUCUCACUUCAGAGCCUGUACCUGGUUGGGGGGAGGGGCAGAAAGCAAUAAGGGAUCCUUUGAGGCCUGAGCCAGAGGUGGCCAGUGGCUUCCAGCACAGAGAUGAUGGGGCCAAAGGGCUUGACAGCCAGGGGAAUGGAGGCCUCCCUGGAGGGACACAAGGUGCUGGGAAGGCUCUGGGGAGUAACAGCUGGGCAGUAGAUCGAGCCACUAGCUCCAAGUUCAUCCAGGAAAGAGGGCCUGAGCUGUCUGCUUCUUUGGCCUCAGAGGCCAGGCUUGGCUCCAGCUUGGACUCUUCAGCAGGGGCUCCAACACUCCCACCUCCCUCCUGGCAGGUGAAGCCUGGGGCCGAGGCUGGCCUCAGAGACCCCCAGCCUGGCCUGAGCCUGGAGGAGCCUGCUCAAAUGGCUUCCAGCAGCCUCAGCCACUCCCCCUGCUGGUCCUCAGUACCCUAUGCCCAGGAUCUGCCCAACACAGCCCAAGAAAGGUCCCUGCACCCUGACACCACUUCCCCUGGUCUCCUCACUGGGCCAGCCCCUCCCUACCUUGCGGCCCCUGCCCCUUGCCUUUGUCAGGGGCCUGGAGAAGACUGCAAGGGCACUGGGUCCCUAGGCCUGCCAGGCCUGCAAUUGCUUGGCACAGAUGCUCAGCGGGCAGCAGCUGCCAUCUCAGGAAACCUGGUACCUCCUGCGGCUGGGCAGCAGACUGGCCUCUUGUGCUCCUCCCCCCAACUCAGCCCCAAGGCAGCCCCCUUGGGGGGCCCCAAUGCCAAAGACCUGGCUACUCAUGUCUGCAUCCCCUGCCAAGUACCUCCAGGCUCAGGGCCCUGCUCCCCAGCCAGCCCACUGGGGCUCCUAGUCUCUGAGCAGCAAGAGGACCAGGACAGCCUUGAGGAAGACUUGGUGCAGGCUCCCGGCUCGGGCCACCAUUCAGAUAGCCAUGCAGAGUCAUCAACCCCUGAAACGGAGGAGCAAGACCUCACAGCCUCUCGGACAGCUCAGUGCCCAUCCCAGGCCUCAAGGGUAAGCAGUAGUGAAGAGACCAUUGCCAAAGCCAAGCAGAGCCGCAGUGAGAAGAAGGCCCGCAAGGCUAUGUCCAAGCUGGGCUUGCGGCAAAUUCAGGGCGUCACCAGGAUCACCAUCCAGAAAUCCAAGAACAUCCUCUUUGUCAUCAGCAAGCCCGAUGUUUUCAAGAGCCCAGCCUCUGACACCUACGUUGUCUUCGGCGAGGCAAAAAUCGAGGACCUAUCCCAACAAGUGCACAAAGCUGCAGCAGAGAAGUUCAGGGUACCCACCAAGCCCUCAGCCCACACUUCUGAGUCAGCUCCAGGGCUGCAGGGAAAGCUGGAGUGCCAGGAAGAGGAAGAGAUAGAGGUGGAUGAGACAGGUCUGGAGCUUCGGGACAUUGAGCUGGUGAUGGCCCAGGCCAAUGUGUCGAGGGCCAAGGCUGUGCGGGCUCUAAAGGACAACCACAGUGACAUCGUCAAUGCCAUCAUGGUGAGCAGCCAGCUGGACCAUUCAGGAGGAGCUGACAAUGUAGUUACCGGAUAG